UCCCAAAAUGAACUCACACACAUGAAAGAAAGAGAUUUUGAUCAAAAAUAAAAUAAAAGAGAAAGAUAGGUCAUUAUGGCUACAAAACCAGGAGUCCUCACUGACUGGCCAUGGAAAUCUCUUGGAAACUUCAAGUAUAUGAUUCUGGCUCCAUGGGUGGUUCAUAGCAUUUACUCAUUCACAGUAAAAAGUGAAAAUGAGAGGGAUUUCACCAACUUCCUCAUAUUCCCAUCUAUUAUUUUUAGAUACUUACAUAGCCAGAUUUGGAUUUCUGUUUCUCGUUAUCAAACUGCUAAAGGCAACAAAAAGAUCGUUGAUAAGCCCAUUGAGUUCCAUCAAGUUGAUAGAGAAACCAACUGGGAUGACCAGAUAAUAAUGUACGGAAUAAUGUCCUAUUUUGCAAGUAUGUUAGUUCCAUGGGCAUCAAAGUUUCCAAUAUGGAGAACAGAUGGAGUAGUGUUAACAAUGCUACUUCAUGCCGGUCCUGUAGAGUUUCUCUAUUACUGGUUUCAUAGAGCUCUUCAUCACCAUUACCUCUAUUCUCGUUAUCAUUCUCAUCAUCAUUCCUCUCUUGUCACUCAGCCGAUUACAUCUGUAAUCCAUCCAUUCGCUGAAGUAAUGGUGUAUUUAAUGCUUUUUGCAAUACCACCAGCAGUUGUGGUAUUGAGUGGAAGAGCCUCAGUGGUAGCUCUUUAUAGUUACAUGUUUUAUGUUGAUUUUAUGAACAAUAUGGGACAUUGCAAUUUUGAGAUCCUUCCUAAAUUCAUCUUCUCUAUAUUUCCUCCUCUCAAAUACAUCAUCUACACACCCUCGUAUCAUUCACUGCAUCACACACAAUUUCGGACGAAUUACUCAUUAUUCAUGCCAUUUUAUGACUACAUCUACGAUACUAUUGACAAAUCAAGCGACUCUUUGUAUGAAACUUCACUUGAAAAGCCUCAAGAAUUCCCAACUCUUGUUCAUUUAACCCACUUCACAACUCCUGCCUCUAUUUACCAUCUCCGGCUAGGGUUUGCAUCCUUCGCUUCGAGGCCGUUAACUUGUACUCCAAGCUAUGUCGCCAUUUUGAGCCCGUUUACUUACUUAUUUACGGUAUUAGUAAGCUUGUUUGGCCGUGUAUUUGUCUCCGAGAGGAACAUCGUCAACAACGUUGUAUCACAAACUUGGAUCAUUCCAAGAUACAAAACACAGUACUUACGAAAAUGGGAAAGCAGAGCUAUCAACCGAUUUAUUGAAGAAGCUAUACUGGAAGCAGAUGCAAUGGGCUGUAAAGUGCUGAGCUUAGGGCUUCUAAAUCAGGCAAAAGAACUGAAUAGAUAUGGAGAAGUAUUUGUGGAAAAACAUCCAAAGCUGAAGCUGAAAUUGGUGGAUGGGAGUAGCUUAGCUGCAGCUGUUAUCAUCAAUAGUAUUCCCAAAGGCACCACCCAAAUAUUCAUCGGAGGCAAAUUAACUAAAGUUGCUAAAACUGUUGCUUCUGCUUUAUGCCAUAAGGGCAUCCAGAUUGUUGUGUUAAAUGAAGAGGAACAUGGAAUUCCAGGACUUCAAACUGAACAUGUGGACAUAUCAAAACGAUAUGAGCAAAAGAUAUGGUUGAUUGGAGAUGAUAUAACAGAAAAUGAACAAUUAAAGGCUCCUAAAGGAACAUUGUUCAUACCUUUCACACAAUUUCCUCCUAAAAGAGUUCGCAAAGAUUGUUUCUACCAUGUCACACCAGCCAUGCUAACUCCUAAUUCUCUUCAGAAUUUGGAUUCCUGUGAGAAUUGGAUACCAAGAAGGGCAAUGAGCGCCUGGCGCGUAGCUGGAAUAAUUCAUAGUUUGGAAGAUUGGAAGGUGCAUGAAUGUGGAAGCUACAUUUUCAACAUGGACAAAAUUUGGGAAGCUAGUCUUCACCAUGGCUUUUAUCCUUUAUCAUUGCCCAAUUAAUUUAUAUCCGCUCUAAAUACGCCGUGAAUUUCUAUGCCGAACAUGAUCUAGUCGAGAGCUUGCCCAGUCAUCGGGAUUCGUUCGGUAUAGGUCCUCCAAUAUUUAUUUAGUAGCAUUUAGCGCUCAAUUAUCAGCUUUUAGUCGUUUGCUAUAUAAACACACUGCAUUACAAGUAAAUAAUAAAUUGUUGUAUGGAAAACAUCAUUUACAUUUAAAUUACUUUCUGUUUGGAUUAUCAGUGACUAUAAAGAACAAAUAUUCAGAUGUUGAA